AUGGAGCAGCGCAUUCCAACGUUCAGCAGCGCGGCUGCCAGUUUCACUCACAGUCCUGGCCAGGGGAGCAAGGGAUCGGAACGAGAGGCCCUCAAGAUCGCCCUCGUCGCCGAGCAACGAUCGUCGUUCCUCCAGGAGGGCUAUUCAGAAGAAGACUGUGCUGCGCUCACGCAUGAGGGCGAGGUUCGGGCAGUCGCGACCACUCUCAAACAGCUCGGCCACCAUGUCACUCUCGUCCAGGGCAUCGAGGGUCUAGUCAAGCACCUGGCGAGCGGUGAUCAUAAGCCCUGGGACAUGGUCUUCAACAUGGCGCAAGGCUUCCAUGGCACUUCGCGCGAGUCGCAGGUGCCUGCUCUGCUGGAGGCGUACCGGAUCCCUUACACCUUCGCCGACGCAGCCACGAUGGCGCUGUGCCAGAACAAGGCUCGCACCAAGACUGUGCUGCAGCAUCACCACAUCCCGACUUCUCCGUUCCUCGUUCUCCCUACGAAAGCAUCGGCUUCGAGCCUCCCUGAAGCAACCACCGAGCUGCCAUCGUAUCCGCUCUUCCUCAAGCCCGUCACCGAGGGCUCGUCCAAGGGAAUCGGAACGUUUAAUAAAGCAACCGAGCCUGCCGAGCUCGAGAUGGCCGUGCAAAAACUGCGCGUCAAGUUCCCCGGCCAGGACAUCCUGAUCGAAUCCUUCCUGCCCGGUCGCGAGUACACAGUGAGCAUCCUAGGGACCGGCGCUGCAUCGCGCGUCAUCGGCAUCCGAGAGCAUAUCUGGGAAAGUCGUGCCCAGCUGAAUGGCAGCACGAAUGGCGACACAAAUGGCAGCCAUCGCGCUGCCGGGCUGGAUUUUGCCUGUCGAGAGAGCAAGUCCAGCGCUGGCGGUCGUCGCCUCUCGUGGAAUGAUCACCAUGACAUGUCCGACCCCGAAGUCCAGGCGGCCUGCCAGGUUUCUCUCGCAGCUUGGAAGAUUCUGGGCUGUCGUGAUGCUGGACGCGUUGAUCUUCGGUUCGACUCGCUUGAGCCCAACGCUGUUCCGAACGUAUUAGAAGUGAAUCCCAUUUCCGGCCUCCUUCCCGGUCAUUCUCCAUUGCCAGCAAGCGCCGAGAGCAAUGGGAUCUCAUUCGAGCACCUCCUGGCCGGGAUCUUGGAAAGUACUGUUCAACGCGCCAAAGAAGACGGCGAGAUUUAG